AUGUCAAUAGAUACUUUAUCUAAAGAAAUUGUUGGUCCAUUUGAAUUUGGUAAAUUUAGAGAAAUUGAAAAAAAAUAUACUAAGAGGAAAAAACAAGAUAUAAAUGAGUUAAAAGCUGAUGAAUUUCAAGGAACAAUAGAUGGAAAUAAAAUGUUAGAAGAUGGAAAAACACCACUUGAAAUAUUUAGAAAAAAUAAAAAUAAGAUUCCAUAUUGCAAAAGUUAUGAAGGUCAAGAUUUUGUUCUCUUGGAUAAAUUCUAUACAAAAAUCGAUUGGAAUGAUUUAGUUACUUUAUAUAAUGAUACUAAUGAAACAGUUAAACAAAAAUAUAAAGGUUUUAUACCUUUUACUUCUAAAUAUAUAAUUAUGACAGCACAAAAACUUCCCAAUGAAGCAUAUAAUUUUGGAAAUCAUCAAUCAGAAGAUAUCAUUCAAUGUGAUUUUGUUUAUUAUCAAGAAGAAUUUCCUGAAUAUAACUUUAGCAAAAUAUAUAAAC